UACCUUUGGUGAAUUUGCCGCCAAGUCCACCAUUUUUAUUCAAGUUCUUUAAUAUCUCUUGUCUCACUUCCUUAUUGAGUCCUUCUUUAUGAUCAAACUUUGUGAUUUUAUUCUUGCUGUUAUGUCUUUGUUGAUGUAGUUCCAUUAAUGACUUUUUAGGUUGUGGAUUUACUUUCAAUACUGGACCAAUCACUUCAUCCUCACUCUCACUACUUUCGGUGUCAGUAUCACCCUCCUUUUCCUCGUCAUCUUUCGUAUCUUCCUUCGAUUCUUCUUUCUCAACUUCCUUAGGUUCCUCUUUCUCAACUUCCUUGUUCUCUUGCUUGCGUGGGCCAAUCAUGCUUGUUUGGUGCUGAUUGAAGUUUAUUUUUUUCAUCUCAUGAAGGAAAGAAAAAAAAAAUCAAAAUAAACAAAAAUAUGAUAAACCCCCAUACUUUUACACCAAUUCCCUCCAUACUACUACCAUGACGAGCCUAAGAGCUUGGAAAACACUAUUGAAUAAUUUUUUUUUCCGCUCAAAAAAACUUCUCGUGCUUUUCUUACUCGUUAUUUGUGCUCUAAUACUGAUCAAAUCAGUUCAGGAUAGGAAAAAGGUUGUUUUGAAACCAGUUAACGACAAAUUUGACUUAGUCAGUAAUAGAAUUAACUAUAUUAACCCAAUAUAUCAAAGAUGGAUUGAAUCUGGAGAAUACGAAACAUUGAGGCUGGCUGAUUUAAGCCAAAAAUGUAAUUCGUACUUUGAUCAUUUAUCGAAGAUUUCCGAAAGUGGCUCAGUAUACGUUGAUUUAGAACUGAUGAGUAAUUUUGAUUUCAAUAUUUUUCUAUAUAAAAAAAAGAAGUGGUUUAGAGAAAAGACUAAACGACUUCGGAAAAAUUUAAUGAGAAAAGGUUCCAGGUUUGAUGAAAAUUAUCAUUCAAAACAGCUCGAAAUUGAGUUUGAUCAUGAUAUAAAAGAAUUAGCCUCUUUUGAAUAUCAAACUAUGAGAGAAAUGAAUGAUGCUAGAGUUUUCGGUAAGUGUUUCAUCGAAAAUUCUAUCAAAGAUUGCCGUAUUCAUGAAAGUAAAACUUUCCCUUGGCUAAACAAAGAAUUCCCAAAAUUUGAAAAUUGGAAAUUGGAGUUAUUACCAAAAGGUGAAUUACCAGUUUUCAAUGAAUCAAGUUAUUCUUCGGGAAGCUCAGACUGUUUCAUCAAUCAAUUAUUGGCGAAAAGUAAUGGUAAAGGUAUAGUCAUUCCAUUACUACCGACCUCGAAUAAUAAUAGACAAAUCGAUAAUACUAUAAGAUUAAUAAAUGUUUUGAGGGGCUUGAAGAAUACAUUCCCAAUUGAAAUAGUUUAUUUAAAUAAUUUUUUCAAUCAAGUUGACAAGAGAAGAUUAAUCGAAGCGGCAAGAACCGAAAUCAGAGAAUUACCUUCAUCUCAUCAUGAAUAUUUGAAAGCAAUGAACUUAGAUGAAGAUUUCAAAUUUUCAACUCCAAAAGAUUUCCCAAAGCAAGAUAUUUGGUUUGUUGAUAUCUCUAAUGUUAAAAACAAAGAUCAACAUCCUCUAAUUUCAAAAUCUUUUCAAUUCAACAAUCCUACUUUUACAUGGUUAAUAUCGACAAUUUUUAACUCCUUUGAAGAGUCAGUGGUUUUGUUACCCACUGCAGUUCCAGUUGUCGAAAUAGAGCAUUUCUUUCAAAUGGAAAAAUUCCGAGAAUAUGGCUAUUUAUUUUUCAAAAAACCUUCCUACUACCGAGAUAAUAAAGCGAGAAAGUUUGCUCCUGGUUUCCAUGAGAUUACUAAUUUUAUAAAGAGUUUCCUAAUGCCAAAUAGAAAUGAUCAAAACAUGUUUGGUAUUCGAAUGAGACAGAAAAAACUUCUGCUUGAUACAAAUCGUUUCUUAGAAGAUAAUUUUGCAACCUUGAUGGAUCCAACUCUUUUAAUCAUUAAUAAACCCAAAAUCAUAAAUUCUUUGUUAUUGGGUUGCAAUUUACAAAUGUAUAAAAUAUUAGAAAGUAGAAUUCAAAUAUUCUCUGAAGAAGUCAAUCCAGAAAUAAUGUGGUUAAGCCAGGAAAUGACAGGUAAUAACGAAAAAAUUGCCUUUAAUAGACAUUUUGGUGUCUUGGCUGGUCAACGUACUCCCUAUCAAAAUAAAAAUUAUUUCCUAGCUACUGCAGCUGAUGAAUAUUGUUCAAGUUCAUUUGGUCAGUUGGAUGAAGACGAUGACCAUACGUUACUCUAUCUAACCUCUGAUCAAUUAGAGCAUUGGAUAUAUCAAAAUCCGGAAUCUCAAACAAUUUUAAAAUCAAAAUUCAUAAUAACCAAGAAUGAAUCACACGAUUUAUUUGGUAAUGGUGAUCAGACUAAUGUUUUGGUUGAUUCCACUGAAAUUUACGAUAAUACAAUUAACAAAAACCCCUUAUAUGUUGCUGAAGUCUUGAAUCCUCCUGUAAUCAAAAAUCCGAUUCUAGUUCAAGGAUUUAGAGAACCAGACCAAGCUUGGGAUAAGAUCUAUGAAUUUAGUGAUGGUGGUGCUUACUGGUGUGCUUACAAUCUUGUAGGUAGCAUAGAAACACCAAUGAAAGGGAAAGAGGUUCAGUAUAACGAGAAGCUUAAAGCAUGGUUUAAUUAUGUACUUGACUUGUGGUUGAUGUAAAUACGCUCUUACGACAAUAAGAUACAUCUGUGUAAAAAUUCAAUACACUCUUACAACAAUAAGAUACA